CAGGAAGAGGGGGAGCCAGCGCUGGACGAAGGAGAAGCCGGAGUAGGAGGCGGAGGCUUCUUGGUCUCUCCCUCAGCCAUCCUGCUCCAGGCACCAUGUCCCCCUGGGGCUCCCUCAGCCGCAUCCUCCCCUUAUUCCCCGUCCUGCUCCUGCUGCUGCAGGCUUCGGGAAGGGCCUUGGGCCGGGCCAGUCCUGGUGGGGGGCCCUUAGAAGAUGUGGUCAUUGAGAGGUACCACGUCCCCCGAGGCUGUCCUCGAGAGGUGCAGAUGGGGGACUUCAUCCGCUACCACUACAAUGGGACCUUUGAGGAUGGCAAGAAGUUUGAUUCCAGCUAUGAUCGUGGAGUGACAGUAGCAGGUGUGGUGGGUGUGGGCCGGCUCAUCACUGGUAUGGACCGAGGGCUUAUGGGGAUGUGUGUCAAUGAACGGCGUCGCCUCAUCGUCCCCCCCCACCUUGGCUACGGCAGCAUCGGGGUUGCCGGGCUGAUCCCUCCUGAUUCCACACUGUACUUUGACGUUGUCCUGUUGGAUGUAUGGAACAAGGAAGACUCAGUGCAGGUGAACACUCUCCUUCGACCCACAAAUUGUCCCCGCAUGGUCCAGGACAGCGACUUUGUCCGCUAUCACUAUAAUGGCACGCUGCUGGAUGGAACGGCUUUUGACUCCAGCUAUAGCAGGAGUAGCACUUAUGACACCUAUGUGGGCUCAGGAUGGCUUAUCAAGGGCAUGGACCAGGGGCUGCUAGGGAUGUGUCCUGGAGAGAAAAGGAAGAUCAUCAUACCCCCUUUUCUGGCAUAUGGAGAGAAAGGCUAUGGAACCGUGAUCCCUCCUCAGGCUUCCCUCGUCUUCCAUGUCCUUCUAAUUGAUGUCCACAAUCCCAAGGACAGUGUCCAGCUAGAGACUCUGCUGCUGCCUCCUGGCUGUGGGCGGAAAGCUGUGGCAGGGGAUUUCAUGCGAUACCAUUAUAAUGGCUCCUUGAUGGAUGGCACCAUCUUUGACUCCAGCUACUCCAGAAACCACACAUACAAUACUUACAUAGGGCAGGGUUACAUCAUCCCAGGCAUGGACCAGGGACUACAGGGAGUGUGCAUCGGAGAGCUCCGACGAAUCACCAUCCCUCCACAUCUCGCCUAUGGAGAAAAUGGAGCGGGAGACAAGAUCCCUGGCUCAGCAGUGCUGAUCUUCGAUGUCCACGUCAUCGACUUCCACAACCCAUCAGACCCGGUGGAAACUCGGACCAUCUCCAGACCCAGUGAAGGCUGCAAUGAGACCUCCAGGCUGGGGGAUUUUGUACGCUAUCACUAUAACUGCUCCUUGCUGGAUGGAACCAAGCUCUUUUCCUCCCACGACUACGGAGAGCCCCAGGAAGCUACUUUGGGGGCCAACAAGGUGAUUGAAGGACUGAACACCGGGCUUCAAGGCAUGUGUGUGGGAGAAAGGCGACAACUGAUCAUUCCUCCUCACCUGGGACAUGGAGAAAAUGGAGCUCGCGGUGUCCCAGGCAGUGCUGUGCUACUAUUUGAGGUGGAGCUGGUGUCCCGAGAGGAGGGACUGCCAGAGGGUUACCUGUUCGUUUGGCAUGGGGACCCCCCUCCUAACCUGUAUGAAGACAUGGACCUCAACAAGGAUGGAGAGAUCCCCCUUGAGGAGUUUUCCACCUUUAUCAAGGCCCAGGUAGCAGAAGGCAAAGGGAAACUCAUGCCCGGGCAGGACCCCGAGAAAACCAUCGGUGACAUGUUCCAGAACCAGGACCGAAAUCAGGAUGGCAAGAUCACCAUGGAGGAGCUCAAGCUGAAAUCAGAUGAAGACCGGGAGAGAGUUCAUGAAGAACUCUGAGAGACUUGGGGAUUAAGGGGGCCCGGCCUGGAAUGCAAAAACCCACAGCUGGCAGUGGGAGAGACCUCUGAGACCAGCCCCUCUUCCUCUCUGCUGGGAAGCUUGGGGCACUCACAGAGAGUCUUAAGGUGCUAACUGCUGCCUGGCCUUCCAGCCAACACCAGAUUUAAAGCCAAGGUGCAUUGUAUUCCUUCCUUUAGCCUCCCCUUAAAUUUUUCAAGUGUGAGAUCUUCUAGGAAGCAGUUUUGAGGUGGUGGGAGGGCAAUUGGGUUUCUCUCCUUUGUUAAGGGUGGAGUAGGGGCAGCAGAUAGUUCCCUAUCCCCUCAUAUGGACCUCAACCACCUCAGAUAAAUGGGGAUUUUUAGGGUAUGGGCUCACUUGUUUUGGAUCCUCCAAACUUCCUUCCGUCCUUCAACUGUCUCCCCACUUGCCCUAUCUACAUCUUGGGCUACCAAGGAGCCAAAGCAAAAAGCAAUGGGGAGAUUCCUUCUGGUCCUCCAGGAAACUGACCUGGACUGCCCUUCCACAGAAAAAAGAGAGAUGCUAGGGGAGAGGGAAGUUCCAGGAAGGGUACCCUACCUCAUCUACUUCUGUACCAUACCCUCAGAGCCUGGGACUCAGAGGGACUAAAAUGGCCCCAGUUCUGCCCAUGCCAUAAGAAGGUUGGGUUCCAUGUGGAUUUGGUUCAAUUACCUUUGUGUCUUACUUCCAAGGCCCUAGAAUGUGUUUUUCUUUUAAUGAGAAAAGGAGAAUAAAAUGAAAAGGUGAGAGGACACAAGAAAAACUGGAUGAGUGUUGUAGCUAUAAAAAUAAAAUUAUUCUUGAAAAAUCUGAAAUAUGGGGUCAUCUGGGGUUGGAUAUGUAGAAGGUAAAAUCAAAAGCCAGUUGUAUUUUUUCUUUACAUCAAAUAAAAAUUUAAACCAGG